AUGGCGGCGCAGAACUCCAGUCAGUAUCCCUACGAAGCUUGCCUGAUUGCUGGCCUUUCAAGUGAUGUUCAACACCACAUACUUAACAUUGGCAACUACGUUUUCCGUCCCCUGAAUUUUAUUCUGGCUUUUUUGGCAUUUGUCUUUAAUACGCUUGUUAUUACAGCUGUGGCACGAACCAAAUCUCUUCAAUAUCCCGCGAUGGUUAUGAUGUGCAGUUUGGCAGUAACUGAUAUAAUAUUCCCACUGUAUUCUAUGUACAGAUACAUAGAAACAUUCACACACGAACACAUGUGUGCAGCAACAUCGCAUGAGCAUCCACUGUAUUUUGCCAUCGGUGGUCUUUGUACCUUGGCAACGCUUGGUAACCUGGCUGUUAUCAGUAGAGAUCGCUAUUUGGCAGUCCGAAGACCCGUGUGGUAUCGUAAUCACAUGACAAUAUCACGUGCUUUUAAGGCCAUAUGUUUAGCGUGGCUUAUCAGUAUGGCAUAUGCAGUUGCAACGUACUUGUCAAUACUUUUGGGAGGAGUUUACGCACCUGUGGCACUAUCUUUUGUUCUACUUUUUUUCCCUUUUUAUGUAAUUGUCAUCGCGUUCUGUUAUCUUAGUAUUUAUUGUAGAAAAAUUAUUCAAGUGGGAAAUCUAAACGACGCAUUUCUAAAAAGGCAAAAACGAUUGGCUAACACAGUUGCUUGGAUCCUUUUGAUUCUGGUAUUGACCUACUUUCCUGGCCUUCUUUUUGGAGCUGUUUUGGUUGCAAAUGGAGUAAAUAAUCUGCCCUUUCGGCCUUAUUACAUCACUUUUGUCCAAUUAAAUGGAGCUUUGAAUCCUUUGUUAAACUUCAGUCGUAUUAAAAAGAUGCGCAAAGCAAUAAGAGACUUGUUUAGAUGCCAUCCGCAAUUACAGUCAUCAUCACUUGCCAACAAUAACAACACCAGCAAUGAACGAUAG